AUACAGAACAUUCUUCUAUUGGGUGAAAAUAGCUCCACUUUCUUUUUUGCUUACUGGACAGAAGUAAAUGUGCAUUACUCAGUCACAAGGUAUCCAGGUCAGGAUGUAUAUAAGGACAGCUUUGACCUCACCUUUAACAGCAAAGACUAUCGGAACACAGCAACAUGGGAAAGGCAAGACUGAAGAAGUUAUAUGUUUAUUAUGUUAAACUGUUUUAAAUAUUGAUAUUGAAGACUAGAUCUUCAAUAUAGUUGUUUUUAUAGUUAUAUUAUAUUUAAUGUCCAUAGAUAGAUAAUAAUGAUGUUUUUUUUUUUUUUUCAAUAAAUGACCUUCAAAGCAAAUCAAUUGUAAUGUGGUUGCAUAUUUUAUUUUAAAAAAUAUCUUUUCUUCCCCAGAUUAUUUUCUACGAGGACAGGAACUUUCAGGGACGCUCUUAUGAGUGCAGCUCAGAAUGCUCUGACCUGUCCUCUUAUUUCCGUCGGUGCAACUCAAUCAGAGUGGAAAAUGGAAACUGGAUUCUCUAUGAGCACCCUAACCACAGAGGACACGAGUAUUAUCUUAGCAGGGGAGAAUACCCUGAUUUCAAUCAAUGGAUGGGAUUCAAUGAUUCCAUCAAAUCCUGUCGUAUUAUCCCACAGGUAACAACUAUAAGUGUUCAGCCUUAAAGUAAUUGUCAUUUUUUUAUUGAAUUUUCACAGAGCCACAAAACUAUUCAAAUAUAGAAUUCAGGCAUCUAUUGAUGUAUAGAUAUGCCAAUUUUUAUCCUUUAAACGAACACUAUAGGGUCAGGAACACAAACAUAUUAAAACCACCAACUAGCCCCCCUGGUCACCCUUGCCUACCUAACUAUAGUAACAUCUUACUUGUAUUCAAGUGUGAAGCUUCUGGAUCUGCCCCUGAACUGCCUCUGUCUGCUGACAUCAUCAGAGGUGAUGGUUUUAACCAAUCACAAUGCUUCCCCAUAGGAUUGGCUGAGACUGUCAAGGUGGCAGAUCAAGAGCAGAGCCAGCACAAGUCAAACAGAGCCCUGGCCAAUCAGCAUCUCCUCAUAGAGAUGAAUUAAAUCAAUGCAUCUCUUUGAGGGAAGUUCAGUUUCUCCAUGCAGAGGGUGGAUACACUGAAUGUUAGUGCUACUUACACUGCAGCACUGCCCAAGGAAGCAGCUUUAGCAGCCAUCUAAGGAGUGGCCAGUGGAGUUAUCACUAGGCUGUAAUGUAAACACUGCAUUUUCUCUGAAAAGACAGUGUUUACUGCAAAAAGCCUGAAGCGAAUGAUUAUACUCACCAGAACAAAUACUGUAAGCUGUAGUUGUUUUAGUGACUAUAGUGUCCCUUUAAUAAAAAUUUCUGAAAAACACAUAUGCAGUUUCUCUAUAACAUCCAACAGAAUGGUAGUGUAUAUCCUGUAGUAUGACUCUUAAGGGUUCAUGUAGCACUCUUAUUCAUAGCAAUAGUAUGCCCAGGAUUGAGAAAGAAAACCCUACAAUUUAUUGAUUUCUUUGAAUGUCAUCAUAAAAUAGCAUCAUCUCAAAUUUUCUGGAAAUGGUGGUUAUUUAAAGGUAAGUUUAAUUGUAAUAUAUUUUUCUGUAUUUGAUAUGCAUUAAUAUAUAAAUAUGGACUACAAGUUGAGGUGCCUUUUAAUAUUUAUGGUGAAUUGUAAUAAUGGAGUUUCUGCUUUGUAAAUGGGAUUUUUUUUUCUUAUUCUUUAAAGCACCAUGGCUCAUUUAGAAUCAGAAUCUACGAAAGGGAAGAUUUUAAAGGUCAAAUGAUGGAGUUCACUGAAGAUUGUCCCCAGGUCUAUGACAGAUUCCGUUACCAUGACAUCCAUUCCUGUAAUGUUCUUGAUGGCUACUGGAUGUUUUAUGAGGAGCCAAAUUACAGGGGACGACAAUAUUAUCUGAGACCUGGAGAGUAUAGAAGAUAUACCAACUGGGGUGCCGUGAACCCUAGAAUUGGAUCUUUUCAAAGAAUCCAUAAUUUUUACUAAAAUUUUAUAAAAUGUAAUGUGCAUUUUACUUACAUGCAUUAAAGCAUUCAAAUAAUGAA